AUGUUUAAUCCCAACAUGUACUCGCACAGCGCGCCGCCUCCGGUUGAUGCUGUCUAUCAUCCCACGAUGAUGCCCUCCACGUCCAACUAUCCUCCAGACAUGGCCGUGCACACCAUACCUUCCGCCUACUCAAAUCACGACAUGCCUACGCACGCAGCUGAUAUCUCGGCUGACACCACCAACAACGACGACGACGCAGAAGGUGCUGGCAAGAGGAGAAGAGUGCAGCGAGCUUGCGACACAUGUCGAAAGAAAAAGGUUCGCUGCGAUGGUCUCCAACCAGAAAAGGGCGCCUGCACUAAUUGCGCCAGCUACGGCUACGAAUGCACUUUCGUCGAUGCUGCCAGAAAGCGCGCCCCGCCUCGCAGCUAUGUCGAGGCCAUCGAGGCUCGUAUCAUCAAGAUGGAACAGCUGAUUGCCUCACUCGCGCCGGGCGUCGACUUUACUGACCGCAUCGGCAAGCCUAUCAGGCGGCCAGAUGAAAAGGGCGACGAGCCCAACCCCGACGCCAGGCCCUCUUCCCAGGAAGAGUCAUCGCCAAAACAGGAACUCAAACCGAUCGACCCUAUAUCGCUCGCCCGUGCCAACAGCCUUUGUGGGCCCGGCGUGACUAUCUCGCAGAUGCUAUCGCCCUCUCAUGUCAAGUCACGCAACAACUCGGAAUCCGACGUGACUCCCACAAGCGAUGAAGAUUCCGAGGAUGACGUUGCCUUCAUCCAAAGCAGGGUCAGCAACAUCCGUUUGCAACCCCAUCUGGCCGUCCCUUCGAGCUCUGCCACAUUUGAUAGCAGCUCCUCCGAGCGCUUGAUCGUCGGUGACCACGUUCGAGCCGAAGACAUUCCUCACGCCGCGCCCACGCACAAGUUCAUCGGCAAGGCCAGUGCCAUGCACUCGCUCCCCAUCCUCGAGAGGCUCAGCAGCAAAAGUUCCCACGAACUCGGCGUUCACCCCAAAGGAGCUCGUCCGGAGUAUUGGUCCGUACCCUCCGGUUUCAUAGACCCGCCCACCGAUCCAGCUGUCGCCAUCUUGGCCUGGCCCGAACCGGAUCUCGCUGAUAAGCUGCUCGAUGCUUUCUUUGGCCGCAUCAAUCGCGAGUUUCCCGUGAUCAACGAGUCGCUCUUCCGCCACGAAUAUGCUAAUAAGCCUGAACUUCGCAGCGAGCCUGAAUGGCUUGCACUCUCCUUCUGCGUCUUUAUGAUGGGCAGCAGCUACGUCGACGACGUCAGGGUGAGGGCUGACCCCAACGACAAGCACUCAAGCGGCAUGCAUUGGUGGCAGGCGGCCAAAAACCUCUUUUUCCGCUUUGGGAACGUGGACAAGCCGCUUUGGCUCAUUCAGUGCCUGCUGCUUUCCACUCUCUUCCAACUAGGCAUUCCCAUCUCGGCGUCUCACUCGUGGAUCUUGCUCGGAGGCGCCAUCCGCGUCUUGCUUGACGUGGGAGCGCAUCGAAAGCAUACCGCAAAGAAGUUGCGCUUGUCCAGGCUAGACGAGGAGACUUACAAGCGCGUGUUCUGGGUGGCGUACAGUCUGGAUCGCGAAUGCGCUGGAUCACUGGGCAGACCGAUCAUGUUGCAAGACGAGGACAUUGACGUCGAGCUGCCCAUCGAGAUUGACGACGAGUAUCUCUUCAACACGCCCGAUGCAGAGCCUCUGCCAGCGCAGCCCAAAGACAAACCUGCGUUCAUCAGCGGCUUUCUCUGCUCGUUGCGGCUUGACGAAAUUGUGGGGCGUACGCUCAAGACGGUCUACGCGCUGCACAAGACCAAGAUCCGUUUUGGCAUCAACUCGAAAGAUUGGGACGAGCGCCUGGUUUCGGAGAUCGACUCGGCUCUCAACAUUUGGCUCGAUACGGUCCCACCGCAUCUGCGCUACGAUCCCCACGAACGCAACGAUGAGUGGUUGCUGCAGUCGUCGCUGCUCUACUCCAAGUACUACAACUGUCAGAUUUUGGUACAUCGACCCUUCAUUCCGGCCAAGAAGAGUGCCAACGAAAAGUCGAUUCUCAACUUCCCCUCUCUCGCCAUCUGCACCAACGCGGCACGCAGCAUCAGCCAUUUGGUCAGUAACCUCAAGGAUCGCAACCUGCACAGCCAAAUCGGCAUUCCUGUGGGCUUCCGAUCCGUGUCGGCCAGUAGCAUUCUCUUGAUGGUGGUGUGGGGCGCCAAGCGGAAUGGCGGACGGGUCUCGAGCUCGGCCACAACAGAUCUGCGGCGCUCGAUCGACGUUUUGAGGACGAUGGAAGAACAAUGGCAGUUCUGCGGCAAGGCGGUUGACAUUCUCGAGUCGAUCAUGGCGUCGACGCAUGUGAGUGUACCGAGGAGCGUCUCGCAAACCGAGCAUGGCGUGAAGCGGUCGCGCGACGGCGCUGAAGUGCACGACGUCCAAGUGGAAGACGAGGCAACAUCGGCGAAGCAAACGCAAGACGUCGCAGCCGGAGGGAAGUCGUCGGGUAAGCAGGCGCGGCAAGGUCGAAGCAAGGCAGAAACUGCGCAUGCAGGCGGCGAAGACGGCCACCCGUUGUCGCCGGAAGCGAGGCACUUGCCGAUGUCGACACAACAGUUGGCGUCGUUGACGCCGCAGUCGAGCGACGAGCAUUCGCCUCGGUCGGCGAAAAACCUUUCGCUUGGCCAAGCCGGCAACGGACAAGCUGUUAACGGCAGCGAUCCGUUUGGACCCAAGACGCCACAGCCUUCGCAGAGUGCACGCAUGCGCACGCUGAGCGGCGCCACGGGCUUGCCGGCGUCUCUGUCGUUCGGCCUCAUGACGCCAUCGGCCGGUGUGCAUUGGGGUACGAAUCUGACUGAGCCUGAUUACCUCAAUGGUCCGCACUCGGGGGUGUACAGCCAAUCCAUCCCCGCGGUGACGCCGAGCAUCUUCGACAAUCUAGGCUUGAGCGGCGGCGUCGACGAUGUGAUGCAGGCCUCCGUGGGAAACAUGCCAGACAUGUCGCAGUUCGGAUUUGCUAACAGCCCGGCCGCAACCGGUGUGGCCGGGUUCGGUGGGGCUGCGGGUGACGUAUUUGGGGGUGGUCUGGAGCAGUUCUAUGCUGCUGGUGCGCAGGGGGUUGGGGGCAGUGGGGACACGCCGAAUUCGGAUGGAAGUGGUGGCUUGGCCAGCUAUGCGUUCGAGCUUCUGCAGAACCAGAGCGUGUGGAAUCUGGAUGAUGAUUCGCUCAACUUGUUGCAGCAGAGGAGUCGGCAGCAGCGGCAAUGA